UUGUAGUGAUAAUUUUUUUCACUUUAUUUUUCGUUUAAUAAAAAAUUUUCUAUUUUGCCUUGUUUCAAUUAUAUAUUUACAUUCAUUUUCUAUGUCAUUUUUGUUUUGUUGUUUUCGUAAACCAAAACAAUUACCGUAUAAACCGAAAGUUGAAAAAAAAUUUAGACCAGUAACGAUAUCCAUACUACCGAAAAAGAAUCGAAAACGUACAAAAAAAUUAAAACAAAUGAUGUUUUAUAAUGAUUAUAUAAUUCGAAGAAUAACUGAUAAUAAUAAUAACGACAAUCAACCGCAAUCGCAAUCAUUAUCGUUGGAAUCGAAUAUUGAUGAUGAAGAUGCGGAUGAUGAAAAAAUCGAAGAAAAUUUAUCAUCAAUAUCGAUUAAUCAACAACAAGAAGAAGAAGAAGAAACGAUUGCUGAUGUCAAUGAUGAUGAUAUAACGGAAGAUAUUGAACAAUCGAUACAAUCGAUACAAUCAACAUUAUUAUUAACAUCGUUGCCAACAAUAUAUGAACAUCCAAUGGAAGAUGAUUAUUAUGAUGAUGAUAUUGAAAAUAAUAAUAAUAGUCCAUUUCAAAUGGAACCAAUUCGUUUACAUUUUACUGAUGAAAGUAGUAGUAGUCAAACAAGCAGUAGUUAUAAUAGUAACAAUGGUGGUGUUUGUUGUAUUGAUAAUAAUAAUAUUUUCAAACAACAAAUCAAUAAAUCAUCAUCCAUAUGUAAUCUUGAUCAUCUAUUUGGUUCGGAAACUAUAUCAUUUCAAUUGAAUAAUUCUGGUAAAAAAUCAACGAUUAUUAAUCGACCAAGUCGUCUUGUUAUACGUCGUAAUGAUGAUGGUUCAUUAAUUGAUGAAAUUGUUGAUGCUGAUGUUGAUGAUAAAUCAUUUGUUGAUCGUGGUAGUAUUGCUGAUUCUGGUAAACCAACUGGUAGUGGACAUGAAUCAUCACCAUUUCAAAUGAAAUUAGAACGUGGUCGUGGCAGUCGUCAUCGUUAUCAAAUUGAUCGUUGUGAAGAAUUUGGUUCGAAUGAAUGGAAAACAACAUUGGAACAAAUUUUUCGUUCACCAAAAAAAGCUGAACCGAAACCAGAACUGGAUGAUUGGAAUUUGAACAAAUUAUUUCAAGAACCUGUCCGAAAAUUGAAACAAAAACAAUCGAUUCAAUCAUUGCAACAGCAGAAAAAUAGCCAUUUAGCAAAAUCUAAACGUCGUUUUCGUCGACAACAAAAACAAAUUGAUUUUGAUAUUUUUACUUAUGAUGAUGAUUGGUCAUUGAAAAAAUUAUUUAAAUUAUCACCAUUGGCAAAUGAACGAACUGAACGACCAUCGAAUAACAAACAACCGAAAAAACAAUCAAAAGAACGGUUAUCCGAUGAUGAUAAUAUAUCCAUUGAUUCUACUUGUUUGGAUUCUGGUAUCGGUUCAUUUGAAAGUCAUGUUAGUCAGGUUGAUGAUAAUAAUAAUGAUAAUAGUAAUGGUAAUCAUAAUGAUAAUGAUGAUAAUCAUGAAAAAUUUUCAAUUGCAAAAGAAUUUUGGAAACAAUUCUGUAAUGAUCGUAUGAAAAAAUUUGAUUAUUUGCAUAUGGGCAGUCCAUCAAAGCAAUUUGCUACAAAUUCUUCAACAAAAAGUCCAAAAAUUGAAUCAUUCAAGAGUCAGAAAAAAAUCGCUACAAACUCAUCACCACCAAGUCCAACAAUUAAAGCAUUUAAAAGUCUUCCUGAACCACUUAUUCAUCAUGAAAAUAAUAAACAAACCGAACGAUUAGGAAAAUUAAAUCAAAUCAAAAAUAUUUGUCAUCAUAAUAUUGAUGAUCGUUAUGAAUUAUUAAUGAAUUUGAAACGUGCAAAAAUUGGUCAUUGUUAUGAAUAUUUAAAUGAAUUUGAAUUGAAAAUGAGAAAAUAUUUCCCCGAAUUAGAACAACAAGAAGAUCUUGGUCAAUUAUUAACAUUAUUAAUGUAUGGUAUACCAACUGAAUUAUAUUGGUUAAAUUAUUGGUUACGUUCAAAUUAUGGUUGUACAUAUAAUACAAAUACAAUUAGCCGUCAUUCAAUUGAUUUUGAUCAAUUAAAAGCAAUUAUUUUGAAUGAAGAACAAGCUUAUCUUUGUCAAAACAACAAAGAUAAUCAAAGUAAAAAUAAUUAUUCAACACCGAAUCGUAAUCGUAAUGGCAAUGAUGAUGAUGAUCAAUCGGAUCAAAUACGUUCUGUACGAUCAUGUCCAUUACCCGAAUCAUCGGUAAAAGUAAAGAAAAAUAUUAAUUUUCAAUUACAAUCAAUGCAAAUUUCCAAACAAAUUCCUUCGCCAAUACACAAAUCACCACCACAACAAAAUCAACAACAACAACUACAACAACGUCGUUGGUCAGUAUCGAUUGAUCGUCAUUUAGAAUUAAUGAAAUUAUAUCGUCAAAAUUGAUCCGGUGAAUUAUUAUUUUGGUCAUUCCUAUAAGCAUUUUUUGUUUUGUUUUUUGUUAGUUUUUUCUCGUAAAAAACUAAAAAAUUUUGUUUUGUAUUUUAUUUGAAUUUUGAAAUAAACACUAUUGCCAUCUUUUGGUGGCAAUCGAAAUUGUUCAAAA